AUGGGUGACGCUCUCCGGGCUUCUGAAAAGGCCAUACAACUUCAACAAUAUCAUCAGCGCUGUGGAAAACAUGUCGAACGUGUAUCCCCAAAGGAUGCCCUUGAUGCAAAACUCAGUGAAGCACAAUCACGAGUUCACAAGGCCAGCCAACUGUUCGGUAGAGAGUCGACAGUUGCGGUGGGUAGCGGUGGCGGUAGCUUUACCAACCCCUAUCUCAAAGAACUUCGUAGCGCCAUGGACGAUAUGGACAAACUCGAAAGUAUGAGGGCGACAAUUGAACAAGAAGAGUCCAAGUACCAGCAGCGGCUCGAACAGCAACUCGAACAAGAGCAAGCGAAUGAGUUGUGUGAGCAUUUCAACAUACUCGGCUUUUCGCUAUGCAACAGGGUAUUCACCGAAUGGCUUGCCACUCGCCAGGUGCUGCCUACUCCUAGAGAAGACCGAGUUGGGGACGAAGACCAAUCUACCCGCAUGGACUUGGUAUUUACUCCAAUCUCAGACGGCGCUCAACAGCCACCCGCUGCAGUACUUUCGAUUAUGAACAACACUUCUGUUACCGAUCACGUACACCAUACGGACAUGUCUACGAACGACCCGCAACGAUCGACCGAGAUUACAACAACGGUAGAGGAUGAAGCGCAAGAGAUACGCUCACAAUCUGGGCCAGCCAGGGCCACGAGAAUGGCACGGGGCGAAAUUGUUGCGAAGUCCUUGACAAAAACAACUAUCGACUUCGACCAGGUGUACCAAGGCGGUAACCCCAGUCAUCCAUAUGUCAUAGGUGAAUUCAAGGACCGCUGGUAUAUCCUCGAGUGUAAAAAACACAAUAAACAAUUCCGAACCGACAAUCCUGUUCAAGGUGCUUGGAAGCAUCUUAGAAUCGUUGAGUUGGGCACGGAAGUGUUGAAUUGCAACAAAGGCCUUUCCGAGUUGAACAACGAGGGAACCAUCAUCCACAAGGCAAAGAAAACAAAGAAUUCCCAACGCAUACUUCCAGCUCGAGCUAGCCAGUCAUCAUCAACUAUGAACACUCAUGAAAGCCAUGUUUCAGACAUUUGGCCUCAACUAGGUGAGGUCUACAAGACCUUUUGGAGGUCCGAUCGACCUCGAAAGUUCUAUGCCCUCCUAUCAUGUCUUCCACCAUGCUACGUGCAGCUAGAGAAUGGGUGUUUAGAGUUUACCGAGGAUCAUAAACCUGGUGGUUCAAAAGAGUCCAAGCGCAAGUACCCAGUAGUCUUUUUCCAUAAGGCUAGGUUCCCACAUGAGUGUGAGCUUGGUUGGGUGUCUGUCUCAGAUCUCGAGCCCUAUGAUCCUUGCGAUAACAGCAUCGACCACAGACACAAGCAACAGGUCAACGCUUUCUUGUCAAAUUACGAAAAUGUUGAAAACACGGGAAUACAGGGAACGAAUGGCAAUAAUGUCGCUGAACCCGAGACCUUCCACGAUUGCCUUCCGAGCCUACAUCACUCUUCUCCGGCAGCAGAAGAGUCUGACUUCAGCAGGGAUAGCAGUCUACUACUUUAUGAUAAUGACAUCGAGUACGAAAAAAGCCUCGCUGCACGAACUCGGGAGAACUCCUCUCGAGUGAAAGAGGAAGUGGUCCAGCUUAGCCCCAUGGAUAUGUCUGGUGGUCCGAUUCGUAACAGAGAUGUUCGAGCUUCAGAACACUCCGCCAUGCCGGAUCAAGAGGAGCAAGACAGCCAAGCUUUUGAUCCUAGGCCUGUUUAUGUGCAAGAUGACUACCUCAUGGACGUUGACUCUCACGGCGACACCGUGAACGAUGACACCAUGACCACUCUCGAGAAGCAGCUUACCCUGAAGGAGUACCGAGCCAUUGUGAAUGGCAUGUCCCCCCAAUCCAGCACCACUCCUCUUCGCGAUCCCGUGCGGCCGCAGGCCGAGUUUGCAAACAUGAGUGUUGAUGCCCAAGCCGGGCUUAGCUCUGCAGGAGUCCUAAUCUCCCACGAUGCUGUGGCUAACCCGGUAUUGCUACAUACCGAGACCAGCAUGCAUGACGUUCCGCAUAGUCCAAACAUCGGUCGACGGAGUCUACACGACCUCUACAGGCAAAUGAACAGACAUUCAACAGUUGAAGGACAUGGGGCUCUUCAACAAACAAUUCGAAGUGAUGGUGGCACAAUGUGGACAUUGACUGAGACUGCAGAUGGGACUCCUUCUAGGGCCUUGUAUUCAUCUUACCCAGAACAGAGGAAAAGGAAGCGUCCUCAGCCGUCGAUGUUUAUACCGCGAAGACGCUAA